UAAAGCUUAAGCUUGCGGCUACCCUUCGUUACGGAAGACUAUAACGUGCGAUAGCCGAACAAAUUAACCGGGGGACCCCGUUCCCAAUGCAGAAUGGGAAGGUUCUGUAUAGAAACCUAAAUGACCCACCCAAUCCCAUUGCGAAAGCACGAGAAGUGAUCGGCUAUCGGCUAGCAGUGCCUGGAGCCGUCGGCUCGGUAGUCGAGUGAUCGUUUUCUGUGUGUAUGAGUUAUGCUCUCCUACUCCAGGUAGCUUUGGGAAAGUUUGGCGUUACACCUGGUGUCAUGCAGUGGGAAUCCUUGGGAAACGGAGUAUGAAUAAUUUUAUUGUUAUCUCGGACGACUCGGAUUCGGACAGCGCUACAGAUUACCGAGAACAUCUAGUAGUUCCAGAAAGAUGUGAGAGGCAGGAAAUAAACCAGUCGGAUCUAUCACCUGACCCGUGCACCUCAACGUCUAGGAGAAAGUCGGACCUCAUCGAUUUGACUGAAAAAGACUUUGCAGUGGAAAUUUCUCCAUGCCAGACCAGCAGUGUCAUCGAUUUGACUGGAAACGAGGACAUGUUAGAGAUGUUCCCCAAAGACCACCAAGAAAGCCCUCCUCCUUUCAUUGCUAAGUGGAUAAAACCCGAGUCCCAUUUUAAUAACCCUGGUUUAACCAAGGAAAGCUCAUUCAUUGCAGAUAGAGAUUCAAAAAUAAUCAUGGAUGAAAGCUGUUCUUCUGAAGAAGGUACAGGAGGAAGCAGCAGCACCACCACUGUUAACAGUGAUAUGGAAUCCCUACAGAGUGCAUCCGAAGCUCUUGGCGAGCUAGACAGUUCUACUGAAAGCAGAGAUGAUUGUCUUAAUUAUGAAGUAAAUAUAGACUCCUCCGCAGAAAAACCUCAGGUCCUCCAAAAGUCUCAGUCCCAAGCUAUUUCAAUAUCUGCUGUAAGAAUGCUAGACUCUGACACAAUGGAUUCUGGGUCCAUUCCUGUAGCAAGCUCUUCUAAAGUAUUACCACCAGAGAACUCUUAUGAUAAUCCACGUCCCAGUGAAGAAACUCCAACUUUCAACAAAGCUUGGCUGUACAAACUUCGAUAUUUUAAGAAACCCCCUGUGCAUCACCUCUUUUUCCAGCAGCUGAGGCAAGAACAAGAAGGCAGGAAGCCUAUCCCCUUAAGGAGGAUGAAUAUUGUCUACAGUACAAAAGAAGAGAACUUUCCACAGGGUACUUUACAUCUCCUGACACAGUUUGUAUCCAGUUAUUACUACCCACCCAAAGAUAUCCUCUGCCAUGUCAUUAGAUCUGUCCUGCUGGGCAAGGAAGAACUGAGCAUCAAGAAUGAGGCAUACAAACUUCUUAUGAAAGUACAAGAGCUUCAUCCUGCUGAUCUAAAGAUGGUAGCCUGGGACUGGAGCCUGCUCACAGAGGCAGUGGAGAAAAAGGAGCACCCAGCCUACCUGCUCUUCCUACAGUAUGUUGUCCAAACAUUACAUGAUGACUUCCACAUUGGUUUACGCCACCGAUCUUUACAGAAAUGUUUGGCCAAAUCCAUGUUAUCGUGUGACAAAAGUUUAAAUAACAUCAAAGAUGUCAUUAGUUGGCUUAUGGAAGUUGUGAUGAAUUCUGACGGUUGUUCAAAGGCAGAGUACAAUUCUGCGUUGGAUUGUGAGAGCCAAAGGGUCAUUUCCCUCUUUCAGCACAUGCUCUACAUCGCAGUGGAAGUGGACAACUCGCCUGCUUGCAGUUCAAUCAAGAUUGCAGGAUAUGUUUUUCCCUCUGUGAUCAGUAUGAAUACACGACACCAGAGGGAGAUGUUUUUCAGCAGCAUUGAAAGCCCUAUGCUGAAGGCCAAGAUUCUUGAGGAACUUUUCCUUCAUAGCUGUCAGAAAAAUGUAACGCUUCCACUGUCACUGGCCAAGAUCCUUUUCUUCAUAGAGCACUCCACACUCUUCCUGGAACAACAGGGCCCAGGAACAGAGUGGGACAGAUGGGAUGAGAUGAUGCAUCACAUCUGCUUGCUAUUCCUCAGUUACCAAAGAAUUUUAUUAGAUAAUUUACUUACACCGGUGACAGACCGCAUAGAUCAGAUGCAGAAGACCAAGCAGCAUUUCCAGCUCGAUGAUAUAACAGAAGAUGAUGUGGAGACUCAUCUCGAUCACUUAAAGAUGCGUAUUAGUCACGGUGCAGCGAUUCCAUCUGCCAUCCACGCCAGGCUGCACAUGUUGAAAGUCUUGCUGACCAGCGCUUUCAGACACCAAGCAUAACUGCGGCCGCUUGACUUACACAGA